GCUCCUGAAGGCAGUUAGUGUCCAGGUGAUAGGCCUGCUAGGGACAGUGGGACCCGGAGGGUUGGGCCACUAGUGUCAGGAUGCCGGGACCUGAAGGGUUCCUUAUUAAGUAAGAGGGAGUGAGGCAGGGCCUAACCUCCCUGCUAGUUUAUACUAAAGACAGUGAUCUUUGUUUUAUGCAUAGCUUUGUUUUUGAGCUACCUGAAUAAAAGGUAUUUGUUGUUUUUGCACAAGCCUGGAGUCGGUCGUUGGUGGAAUUUUUAUAGCAGGGUGCAUUCUAGCAAGUCUCCUGUUACAAAUGGCGCCUGAAGAGGGACCCUUCUGCUAAUCGUGUCACAUGUGGCAGAGGACCCAACAGCCGCAAGGUAGUGGCACACAUACCAGCGAACUCCAGACCAAGCUGAACUCGUGUGCAUCAGUACCAGACCAAGGGUGUUAAGCCCAUCCGGCGAUCUUGGAGCUAAAAAGAAAAAGAAGAAACAGAAGCGGAAAAAAGAAAAGCCAAAUUCCGGCGGCGCCAGGUCGGAUUCUGCAUCUGAUUCCCAAGAAAUCCGAACACAGCACUCUUCAAAAAACCCUGCCAUUCCAAUGCAGAAGCUCCAGGAUAUUCAGAGAGCUAUGGAGCUGCUUUCCGCCUGCCAGGGACCCGCGAAGAACCUUGACGAGGCAAGCAAACGUAAAUACCAGUUUUGGGAUACACAGCCUGUACCAAAACUUAACGAAAUUAUAACCUGUCACGGUCCCAUCGAACCCGACAAGGACAACAUUCGCCAAGAGCCAUACUCUCUGCCUCAGGGCUUCAUGUGGGACACGCUAGACCUGAGCGAUGCUGAGGUGCUAAAAGAACUAUAUACUUUGCUGAAUGAGAAUUAUGUGGAAGAUGACGACAACAUGUUCAGAUUUGACUAUUCCCCGGAGUUCUUGCAGUGGGCCCUGCGACCCCCUGGCUGGUUAUCUCACUGGCACUGUGGUGUGCGGGUGUCUUCCAACAAGAAGUUAGUUGGCUUCAUAAGUGCUGUUCCGGCAACUAUCCGUAUUUAUGACAAUGUAAAGAAGAUGGUAGAAAUCAAUUUCCUUUGUGUGCACAAAAAGCUGCGAUCGAAGCGUGUGGCCCCAGUUCUCAUCCGUGAGAUCACUCGGAGGGUGAACCUGGAGGGGAUAUACCAGGCUGUGUACACAGCAGGUGUUGUCCUACCAAAGCCUGUGUCUACCUGCAGGUACUGGCAUCGAUCUUUGAAUCCCAGAAAACUGGUAGAGGUGAAGUUUUCUCACCUGAGUAGGAAUAUGACAUUACAGAGGACAAUGAAACUAUACCGACUGCCAGAUGCCACAAAGACUGCCGGGUUAAGACCAAUGGAGAGGAAAGACGUUUCUAUGGUCCAGCAUUUAUUAAAUGACUAUUUGAGUCAGUUUACCCUCGCUCCGGUCAUGGAUGAAGAGGAGGUUCUGCACUGGUUCUUCCCUCAGGAUAGUAUUAUUGACACCUUUGUUGUAGAGAGUUCUAAUGGCGUAUUAACAGACUUCCUCAGUUUUUACACGUUACCCUCCACUGUCAUGCACCAUCCAGCGCAUAAAACCCUCAAAGCGGCUUAUUCAUUCUACAACAUCCACACAGAGACUCCGCUGCUGGACCUAAUGAACGAUGCACUAAUUAUCGCCAAAUUAAAAGGGUUUGACGUGUUCAAUGCUCUCGAUCUGAUGGAGAACAAAACGUUCUUGGAAAAACUGAAGUUUGGCAUAGGAGAUGGCAACUUGCAAUAUUACUUGUUCAACUGGAGAUGCCCGGCCAUGGAUUCUGAAAAGGUAGGUCUUGUGUUACAGUAACUCCUCCGUGUUAGACUGCCAGUCAUCAGACACAUGCAACGUGAGCUGCUCUUCAGGAAAGACAAGCACAAACUGACGGGAGAUGAGGGAACCUGGAGACCUAGUGGAUAUGUGAGCAGCCUAGAGACUUCCCACCACACCGUUAUCAUACUGCGCUGUGGUCAUUUCCCAGUGACGCACGUGCAUUAUUUAUGGGAGUAAAACAAGCAAACCAACGGAAACAAAAAAACAGAAUGAAAGACCAAAACGAAGCACACAUUCCUUUUCAUUUGGAAACGUUGAACUUUACAAGGACACGAUCGAUCAUUUGGUCUUUACGUCACAACCAUUUUUUUAUACAACGUGAACUGCAGAAUGCAUGUGAAAUAAACUUUUCAGAUUUGAUAAAGCACCAUAUGAAAGAGGUGUAAACUACGUGGCUUUCUGAGGGUCAAAAAUAAAUUACUUUGCAGUUUAUUUCGGGCAAACUCCUGCAGGUCUCCGCAAGGAAAUGUUAAACCUUUCCUUGUUUUUGCUGUAACGCUUGUUUGUCCUAUGAGAUCAGGAAUUGUCAUAGUGUCUAUUCGUAGCUGGCAACGUGAAAAUGGGAUAUUUGUGACCCAAAAAUGAAGAAAUGCCUGUGUUAUAGAGAAUGUAUGGCGAUACCGGGAGUUGCAGUUUUGCCUACAGUCUGGGAAAUUGAAACUCCUAGAAAAGAGGCAGUAAGUGGCGUUCCCAGCCAGCAGGAAACUACCACUAAGUACCUUGCUAUUGGCUAUCGGCUCAUUACACACGCAGGGGUGAUAAAAGAUGCUCAGAACUUUUAAUAAACUGUAUCGGUAAUUAUGAAAAAGUGAGAUUAUUGCUUUCUAGAUAUAUCUGCCUCGGCUAUUUAAGGGACUGAGGUGCCCAUCAUCUUUAAUGUAGCUUUUAUUUUCAUAAUAUGGAGGCAGCCAUUUUGUGAAUGAAGCCAGCUCGCAAGGAACCAAAGGCAUCAUUUAGGCAGAAAGUGAGAAGUUCCCUUACUAAUACAUAAAGAAAAAACUAUUCUGAUAAUUUUCCACACAUGGUGCAAGCAGACAUUUUAACGCCCAAAGUCAUGAGAAUGCAGCCAUAUCAAUUGGGAAUGCGAUCACUGAGGUGCUGUAUGACUGAUAUUUAUUGACCCUGACCAGUAUUCAUGAGGCAGUGACGUCUACCAAACUAAUGUUGAUAUGGCUGAGACUGGUUGUCUCCUCUGUCCUUUAGGACAGGUAUUUUUUUUAUUACAGUCGCCAUCCCACAUAGAUGAUGAUUGUUUUUUUAAUACAACAAGUUUUAUAUCUGUUUAACAUUAAGCAGCGGACUAUUUGUUUAGGAUUUCUCCUUGCAAUCAGUGUUUGCAAAAUGCAUGUAUUGGACUGCAGUACAGAAGAGUGCCAACUGAUCUCUUAGCAAGAGCCAGGUAGUCAUGAAUCUCCUUGGUGGUCACAUGACUGGGGGAAAGGUUUGUGGCUUGCUUUCUGCAAAGAGAGUGGUUUGAAAAGCUCUCUGCUCACUGCAUUUAGUGUUGUGUGACUCUGAUUGCCAUGGUAAGUGCUGGAUUUCCUGCUAGAGGUGCCACUGGCUGGGGGCAGCACAGCAGUCCCCCUGCAUUAGAACUUUCCAGUGCCCCAAUUGAGCUGGUGCCAUUUGGAUACAGAACAAAGGCUACAUCCCCCAUGAUGCAUUAGGGGGAGGCUCAGGAGCAGGUGCAUGUGCAGCCUAGGAGCCCGGAAGCUUAGGUUCAUAUCAGGGGAGUCUCGGGAGCAUUCACAUAUGGAAUCCUGAAGCCCGGGAGAGGAGGUUAUUGGGCCACAAUAGAAAUAUGUGAAAGGCCCAAAAAAAGCAACAGGUAGCUGGAGAGGGAGGUGUUUUGCCCUGCAGCUACUUCAUGGGCUGGCGGGUAAGUGGGUGCACAGUAUUUGUGUUUAGGGGCAGCUUGACCCCUUAAUCUUCCCACUGCACAUAACAAUGAGCAACCGGUUAUUGUCAGCUUGAAUCACAACUCAAAAAUGAAAGAGAUAACUAAUCUAUCCUAUAAUUACAAUUCAUUAUUUUUUUAAAUAAUCCAACCAGUGAUCAAUCAUACUUUGUCGGGUCAAUGGGAGGUGGUUUCUGAAAGCAGCACAGGUACAUGGGGGUCACAAUACUGUAAUAAGAAACAUGACUAUUUAUGGUUUUGUUUUCAAGGCGUAAAAGUGGAACAUUGCAGUAGGGAUGGAAGCAACAGCAAUUUACUGCGCAGAAUGUUCUUUUAUGUGAAAUGUCGCUGCUAAAGCUUUGAUCUCACAAGUAUUAAAUGUAUUUCUAGUCGUUCCACAGUAUUGCUGACCAGCCAAAACACGUGACCUCACAGUCCAGUAUUGUGGAUGGCUGCUGGCCAUUGGCAAUGCAAUAAAAGUAACGGCAUACUAGAACUCUGUGUAUUGUCCCAAUGGCCAGCAUAGCUAUUGAAGUUUCUUAAUCCAUAGUACACUCCUGAUAUUUCCAUGAUCACAUGAUCAUUGCACAAUCACAUGAUCACAGGAAGCUGAGCCUGUGAGGGUUAUUUAACAAACCUCCUACAGAGGACAAGUGGGCGUUGCCCAUAGCAACCAAUCAAAUUUUAGCUGUCAUUUUUCUAGUGCAUUAUAUAACGCCACCACUUGUCCCCUCUUGAAAAUUUGUUAAAUCCCCCACUUCACAUAUUUUCUUUUUUGUCUUUGUCUAUGUAGCUACUCAAAGAGCUUUGGUACGUUUACGUAUUUAUAUGCAGCCGUCUGCAGUAUUCAUGGUAUUAAUACCAAAUUUCUCACACAAAAUAGUUGUUUCUACUCUAGUAGAUAUCACGUGAUACAUAGUGAGCUAGAAUACUGCUUUUACUUUUACCCCUCCGUUAGAUCAGCGCAUUGCUGUAAAAAGCUUUAGAUUUUUUUAUAUGGAAAAAUUAAUGUAAAUACAUUUGUAUCUUCCAUUCAGUCUCAUACGUCCUAGGAAGAUAUAUUUCGUGUUGUGAAGCUAAGGAACCAGAAGUGAGGACCCGAACAUGAGAAAAAAAUUUCAAGUAUAUAUAUAUAUAUAUAUAUAUACGAGCAUAGAUAUUUUUUGAGAACUUCUCCAGUAUUAUUUGCCAAAUGGGACCGUGCUGUAACCAACAAGAACCAAACAGUGUAUCAUGGCAAUUUUCUUCCUGAGUGUAAGGGCCAAGAAAGUGUCAAGAGGUUCUCCAGCCUAAAAGUUUUAUUUUAAAAUGUUACGCUUAUUGGGGUUUUUUUCCCAUGUUUUAAAAAUAAAAUGGUUAUUUUGCCCCGUUUAUCACUGAUAUCUGCUCCAUGUUCCGCAUAUAAUUGAAUCUUCCCCUUUAACUGCUGUUCCUCUGUGUGUCCCCAGAUUUUGAAUGAGCAGCAACGCAACAACCAGUCAGAUUAUGGGAAUAUUUCAGCAGCACAGACUAGUUCAGCAUAGGUGUGUGCUGAUCUUGUGCCAGGCAGGAACUUGUCCCCUCGUGUGAGGAGAGCGCUGUACGUGACUGGGGGAGGGGAAAGGCGAUAUAUAUAGGAAGCCUCGUGGAAGGAGCAGGGUCCCCCCAACAGCAGAGUGGCAAUGUACAAUUUUGUUUUCCAUUAAGUAACAUCCGCACACGCAUUACGUUAGAAAAUAAAAUGUUUAUGAUGGAAAACCCCUUUACGUCGCAGCAUCUCCCAUUGGAAAGUUACUGUAUGUCCUCAGUGAUGAGGUUCCAGGCUUUUUAAUAAAAGGAAAAGCUGUUACUGCA